GAGAUUUCGAAUGCUCCAUCUUCCAGCGUCUAUUGGUGGCGGGUUAAUCAACAGUGUUUAGUGCCUUAGUUUACCGCACCACGGAGAGAGUUGUCGGCUGACGCACUCAUCCGAACAGGAAAUUUUCAAAUCAACACUGUGUCCACGCAGAAAAAGAGUUUACGCUCCAAGGCAUUAUGGAUCGGGUCGCCUGGUUCGCAGUGUGACGUGAUCGUUUGGCCUUGCCAAAACCUGCUUCGAAGCCGCUACAGAAGGGAUAGCGCAGCGGUACGCUCUUCCGUGACGCGAGUCAAAAAGCCUACGUCACUUUCGACUUCAAAAAAGUUUCAGGAAACAACGUUGUAUGCUCGUAGUAUACAUUGAGUACAAUAAACCGUACCGUCUCGCUCUGAAAAUUGAAGUGCUGUUAUAAACUACUGUACCGGCACAUCUAGCCAAAAUAGGUGCCAUGGGGAAAGAUUAUUACAAAACUCUCGGUAUACCGAGAGGAUCCACGGAUGAAGAUAUAAAAAAGGCCUAUCGAAAACUAGCGCUGAAAUAUCAUCCGGACAAAAACAAAUCACCUGGCGCAGAGGAAAAGUUUAAGGAAGUUGCGGAAGCGUACGAAGUGUUGUCGGACAAGAAGAAGCGAGAAAUGUAUGACAAGUUUGGCGAGGAAGGAUUAAAAGGACGAGCUUCGAACGGCACGUCAAACUCUUCCCAGAAUUUUACUUACGAAUUCCACGGAGAUCCCAGAGCUACGUUUGCACAAUUUUUCGGCUCAAACAACCCGUUCGGAUCGUUCUUCGAUAUGCACAACGAUAGUUUAUUCAAUAGCAGUAUUUUCAACGAUGACGAUUUCUUCACUCCCUUCAGCGGUUUGGGCAAUCGGCACGGUCUAGGAGGCGCCUUUAGGUCGCACUCAUUCAACGUUCACUCGCCGCUCAAAAAGGAGAAAGUACAGGAUCCCCCGAUUGAGCACGAUCUGUACGUUACGCUAGAAGAGAUCUAUCAUGGCUGUGUAAAGAAGAUGAAGAUUUCACGCCGUGUUCUACAAACAGACGGUACAUCGAAAAAAGAGGACAAAUGCGUGACAAUAUCCAUUAAGCCUGGAUGGAAGUCUGGUACGAAAGUUACCUUCCAGAAGGAAGGUGACCAAACAAAGGGAAAAAUACCUGCUGACAUUGUAUUUAUCGUGCGCGACAAACCCCACGUAUGGUUUCGGCGCGAAGGAAGUGAUCUUCGAUAUACUGCUCGAUUGACGUUAAAACAGGCUCUCUGUGGUGUAAUUUUUGAGGUACCCACUAUGACUGGAGAAAAGUUACGUAUCAGUACAAAACAGGAAAUCAUUAAACCUAAUACGGUAAAGCGCAUCCAAGGCUAUGGGCUACCGUUUCCGAAGGAACCGUCGCGAAAAGGCGAUCUACUCGUAGCGUUCGAUAUUAAGUUCCCCGAUAAGCUUAGUACGUCGGAAAAGGAAAUGCUUAACAAUAUGCUUCCCAAUUCGUAGUGUUGACCGGCAUUCCGGCGCUACACUUUUGUUCGUUUGAUUUCUCUUUCUUUUGCAUACUAUGUAGACUAAAUGUGCAUCAAUCAUAUCAACCAAUCGUGCAUGUGAUGUGAUGUACUAGAGCAUGCGUAGCAUACCAUCGACAUAACCGACAGGCCAUCCGACGCAUUUGUAUAUAGUGCCAUUCUAAUGCGGAGCAAUCACCAUAAUUUGUUCAUUGUGAACGAACAGCAAAGCGAAAUUUGGAACUGUAAUUUAGCGUUACUAAAGUGAGUAUAAAAACUGCUAAAACAUUUUCUUAUGGUAGAAAAACAAGAAGUUUUUUCGCGCGUGAAACUUCCAAUUUGAUGAAUUACAGAGUAUGACGGCUGCUGCAUAUUUUUAAAUGUUCAGAAAUGGUAGCAAAAUACUUGAUGGAAUUCUGCACUUCUGCUUGUUGACGAUUAAAACCAGGAGCUAGAUUCUUUGUUUUCAUUAUAAUAUACUAAUGGACGUGACUGUGCAUUGGGCUAGAAGAACGUGUUUUGAAUGAAAAAUUUCUCAGCGAUAGUAAGAAAGAAUCCUGUUGAUACUUUAACAAUUGCUUUUUCAAAAGUUGUAGAAAAUGCAAGAAUGCUAUAACAUGCAUCCUUUUCUGAGCAGUUAUGUUAAUAAUCCUUGUUCGCUGAGAGAUAUUCAUGAAACAACUAAUAUAUGACUACGAACUCGCG